AUGUCAAAAAAGCUCCCAACUAUAUCCGUAACUGCCGACAAGCGUUCCACACACUCCGAUUUAUCCUCCUCAUCGUCAUCCCAUGACACCGAUAGCAAUGACAUGGAUUAUGGGCGCAAUGGCGCCGGGGGCGUAACCGAUGUCGAAGAUUUUGACAGUCAGGUGGAGGUGCUGAAGCCAAGCUCCCGGCGGAACUCUUGCAAUGCCUCCUUGAAACCCAAAGCCCAUUUUAAAGCAAGUGGUGGCGACAAUGAUGUCACUGACGUGGAGGACUACGAUACUGAAUCUGACGAUGAUGAAAAGAGCACGGCAUACCCCGAACUAAAGCUGUCGCUGAGAGAGUUUCUCCAGCAGGGACACCAGAAUCAGGAAGCAGUCGACAAUGAUGCGAAAGAGAGCUGUGAGAUAAUAGCUGGUGAUUUUGUGCAGGCACAAAACCUGAAUGGAAUGGCAGACUAUCUGACUGAUUGUGAGGACUACGAUACCGAUUCUGAAGUGGGCUAUGGCUGUGAGAAAUCCGUCUGCGUUGAUCUGGACCAUGCUAUGGGCGAUCAGGGUCGAGUCAACAUAGCCGAUGGCGAGAAAAACCAGGACGAUUCCGAUCAGUACGAAGAUGUGUCUGUGAUUAGUGACAUCAGCGAUUUAGCCUCAGCCAUGUCCAAUUGCACCGGUAUUGGGGUGCGGGGCAUGUCCGAAGAUGAGGUUUUGGAGGUAUCCGAUAGUGGCCACGAAGAGGUUUGCCAGAUUGCCUGCUCGGGCAGCGAUUCCGAGUCAGAGGGGGCCGCUGCCUGGAGUCGGAGUGUAAGUGAAAAUAGUUUUCCGGCCAUUGAUGUGGCCUUUAUAAGUGCCAGUGGUCAGCCGCGACGUAACUCCAAGUCCAGUAUGCUCAUGUCAGGACAGAAGAAUUUUUUGCAACUUGCUGCGAAAAACGAAGAGGUUUUAACUGAUGUUGAGGGCAUCGACGACUCGGCAGCAGAAGAUAGCUUUGAUAAUGAGGAGGACGACGAGCAGCCCAUUCCUCGCGCCAUUAUCCUUGCCUCCGGCGAUGACGGCACCUGUCUUACUGAUGUGGAGGACAUGUUCUGUGAGGACACAUCGUUGUCUAGUGCAGAACCCGAAGUGCGAUCAAUCUGCCACAAAGCCCUCCCACUUCCACAUCGCGAGGUGGUGGAAUUAAAGGAGGAUAAGUAUGGUGACACUAUUACCAAUGUAAUGCCAAUGGACAGCAACUAUGAGUUUGGAAUUUACAACCACCUGAAGGACAUGAUCCACACCGAUUCCGAGGACUAUUCGUGCGCCGAUGAAUGGAGCCUUCAGCAUUCUCUGGUCGAAGACGCUGCGGUGGGUGGACCCAGCCUUAUUGAAAACGAGGUGAUCGUGUCCAAUGAACUUUUGAAACAGCAACAAAACAAACGCCUAGAGGUGCAGUCUAACGCAGAGUCCGUAACAGAUGUUGAGGAGAUUUUUGUGGCCGGAACAAAUCGCCGCAAGAAGCUUAAGACUCGCACUCUGAGCAAAGGCAAGAAUAAAUUACUCGAAGCCGUUAAGGGAAAAGAGGAGGGCGUUACAGAUGUCGAGGACAUGGAUCUGAGUGAAUGCGGCUUACCUCCGGGCGUAAAGCGCAUUGAGCAACUAAAACAACAGGCUAAGAGCUUAAAUGCGGGCAAAGUAUCUGAUGCCGAUGACGUAUCCACAGAUGAUGUCUCCGACAUAUCGGAAAUCUCCGACGCUCCAUCGCUAUCGACGGGGGAAAAGUGUAUCGGCAAGACAAAGCCACAACCGCUUCACUUCCGUUUGCUAAACGAUGAUAUAAUGAAUCAGCAGCACACCGAUAUUGAAGACGUUCAGUUGCCGUCGGAUGCGGAGGAUGCACUAGAACCACCUGUCAUUCCAGUGGCUAACAGCAAUAGUAAGGAGCUAAAUGAUAUGUUGAACGAGAGCUACACGGUGGUGCACGAGAAGAGUGGUCGCAGUUUCAACAGCGAAGCCGAGAAGCUGCAUACAAAAGGCAUGAUCCGAGAUGCCCAUACCGACGUUGAGUAUGUUGAGUCCGACGAGUCAGUCGCUAGGGGAGGCAACUAGCCUCCUUUCCGUGCCCUCAUACGGUCCCAAGCUGUUGCCAAAAUAAAUCUCAACAAUAGUUUAUAAGUGUUCAUAGAUACGAAAACCCAACACACACACUCAAGCAUUUUAAACCCUACAGGAAAAAAAAGUAGAACUACCCACUCUGGAAGCAGCAAAUAUCUCAAAGGAAAUAA